AGGCGAAGCGAUAUAGAUAUCGAUAUGCGAACCGAUACCGCAUCCGUACAAUGACCUUUCUUUCGAGAGAAAUCUUUUUGCGUACUACUGGAAUCGCGAUCCGGUGGAAAUCCACGAUGAUUUGCACGGCAGUUUGCUCAAUAUAAAAAUAAGUUUCUCUCUCUCUCUCUUUCUCUCUCGCUCUCCGUUUACUUUUUUUUCUCAUUUCUGUUCUAUCAAUGAGUCGUUGGCUGCUGAGCGUUGCAGCGGCGGUGGCGGCGGUAGCAGCGACGGUGACUCCUUCUGGUACGUUGCCUCUCGUGUCUGAACGUAGCUGGUGCGUGCCAGCGAGCGCUUUGCAAGAUGCGAGAUUCGUUUACCGCGGCGAGGGAGCCCCCGUCGUCGAGAGUUUAGGCGGACUCUGACCACCUCCGGCAAAGUGUGUAGGCCGGGGUGUCGCGCAUUACGUAAAGCCGUGGGAAAAAUAAAUCGCGGGUAAAGAAGGAAAACAAAGUGUAGGCGAAGAAGGGAGACGACCUACUUUCUGUGUGCGUUCACGUCGCGAUGAGGAGAGCAUCGUUUGAUAAACACGUUAACGCCAAGCGCAACGUUCUGAGCAACACCUCGUAUGGGCUCACAUGCUCUAAGGAUGCGGAAUACAAGUACAGCGUGAAAUACAGUGGCUCCCAAGAGAAAAAUUUUCUACAGCGUAGCGUAUCGGCGGACAAUGUUGUAAUACGUUCGCGUGGUUACAAGCCAUCCGACAGACACGAUCCGGUUAAAAGGAACUUUCUCGAGAAUCUCACUUCAAAAAUAUUACACUUCGACAUGGAAGGAGAGACUACCCCGAUUAAUUUGCAAAAGCUACUCACCCCAGCAUCAGACUCUCAGGAGCUACUGCAAUCAAAAAGUAAAAAAAUGUUUGCGUCCUCAUAUUUUUACGCACCAACGCAUCCUACGGUCGAAGAUCAGGUCGAGCUUGCACGUCGGAUUUCGCAUUCACUCAGCGACGUGAAAAACGUGAAGAGCAAAGGACAGACUAUGUAUGUGAAUAGGAAAAAGAGAUCUGUUAAAUGGAUCCAUGACGGCAAUGGUGUCGAGGACGAAGAGGAAUCGACCACGAUUCAUAAGGAAAAACUACCCCUGAAAUGCGUGAUGAAUCCGUGCGGGAAGGUGCUGGACAUUCAUGGUAUUCAGGCAUUAGGUGAAGAAGUCAAUAUUGCGCCGAAAAAUCCUGAAAAGCUCUUUGACAUUGUCCGUGAUUUAAACACUCAAAAAGGACGUGGUGCCGAGAUAUUUGCGAAACGUAGGAAAAGAUCGGAAAAGUGGGUGGUAGAUCCUACCCAAGAACAGCCACAGACACCCAAUACGCCUGUCACACCGAACACGCCAAUAUAUCCAGAAAAACUAGAAAUUAACGGUAAUGCAAAGUUCAUGACGCCUUCAUCGCUGACACCUCGCACGCCGGUUUCGAGCAUUGACAAACCAUUUUAUAAUCCUUUUACAGUGGAUAUCUCUCUCGAUACCGCGAAUGUCCCAAUAUCAGUUACAGACAGGCAGUGUAAUGCUAACCGAUGCGGCCAUUCGAACGAGAUAAAAAAAAUUUAUCUACGGGAAAUUGCGGUGGGCACAGAUUCCGAUUUUCCUCCUGAUCAUUGUCGAUCGCCCAUCGUCGAAAAAUCCCGUCGUAUCGUUUUCGAAUCUACUAACAAUCGGCGCACUAACAUGGCCAAUAAUCGCGAGUAUGUCGCAAGUAACAAUAAUAGAUAUAUUAACAACAAUAAUUAUCAGCCAUCGAGAAAAUCCGACGUUUGCGAUGCGCGGAGUUACAAUGGCAGAGGCACAAGAAUUCAACAGCGUUUCGAUAAUAAGUGCAACGAUAACGUAAUUGACAAUAAGAUCGGGAAUAAGCAACAAAGCGACAGACAGACGCAGAAUGACAAUGAGGAAAACGGAUACACUCCUGUGCCAGUGAAGCAGCUGAUACAAGAAUUCGAGAAAACCUGUAGACCAGUUCUGCAAUACAAGCAGAUCAGUCCAAAGAUCAUUCCAAUCGUACAGCAAUGUCCGUUGGAUAAUGGCAUAGCACGUUUCUUCGAGACGAAAAAUCCUGUCAAGUAUAACAACGAAGAGCAAGGAUAUGCACGUGCACACGGAAACUAUGAAAGAUCCACGAAACUGCAAUCCCAAUACAACGACCGAUUGUACGGCACAUGUGGAAGCUACGAAAGGAAACUACCAAUACAGUCCCAAUGCAAUGGUCAAUUAUGCAAUGCACGUGAGAGCUACGAUGGACCAGCGAAACUGCAGUCCCGAUGCAUUAACGGCUACGUUUCCACUGACGAGAGCGAAUAUACGACGGAUGACACGGACUCUGAAGAUUAUCAGAACGACCUGGGAUCUAUAGAUCGCGGCAAUUCCGCGCCGUCCGCCCUGUUGAACUGCUGCGACAGCAGCGAGUACUCGGUCGCAUUCGACGACGAGUACACGAGUACUAGACGUCAUUCGACCACCUCACAGGAAUUGGAGGCCCUUUAUGCCAACGGCGCGGCCACGAGAUUCGUCAAUACCGAGGCUGAGAUGCCUCCCGAAGCGAAGUCGCUGGUGCUCUCGAUGGUCGCCUCACAGGAGGAUAUACUCGAGACCAAGAAACAUCUGCGUAACACGCCAGUCUUGGAUAAUCUCUUAGGCACCACCACGCCAGAAUGCAAACUCAUUGAUGUUAACUCAGAAUUAGGAAACAAACUGUACGAAAAUGACAAUUGUACUGGACCGAAAUUAGCCAACCUUCACAAUCUGACAAAUUACAAUACUGCGCCGCGUGGAUGGAAUCAGUCGUUCACAUUCUAUCGGCCUAUUAAAUUUGAAAAACCGCAAGAGAUUAUGUACUCUGAUUUCUAGGCAUACUAUGAUAAAUUUUUUAAUUAUAACUCUUUUAUAUAUCGGUAUUGAAAUAUCAAUCGUAAAAUUAAUUCUUCCGAUGCAUCGAUGAGAGAACUAUUGGAAUAUGUUUUCCGCACUGUUGCGUUUAUUUUCACCGGCACCAUAAUUUAAAACUAAUGGUCUUUGAAUCACUCAAAUAUUUUCACCAUAAAUAAACGUAUCGCGAUAUGACUGCGCUGUACGCGCGACAUGUUUGAAGUUUUGCUUUGGUGUACCUCUACCUCUUCUAUCCCUUACUGAGAUAUUUAACGUUGUUUAUGCUUUGACAGUGUUACAUUACUGCAUUUUACUUUAUUAUAUGUAAUGCAAAUAAAAUAUGUUGUUUUCCUAA